AUGACAUCCAAUAAACCAGCCUAUCUGCCUCCCUCCAAACUCGGCACAAAAGAAUACUGGGACUCCCUCUACACAACCGAACUCACAAACCACGCCGCCAACCCCUCCGACACAGGCACAAACUGGUUCGACGACUCCGACGCAGAGGCCCGCGUCGUCGCCUUUCUCGAAUCCCUCGCCGACGACGAUCAAGAUGUCUUGCCAGAGCGUCUGUCGCAGCAGGAGGCGUCCUUUUUGGAUCUCGGCUGCGGGAAUGGCUCGCUGCUGUUUGCGCUGAGGGACGAGGGCUGGGGGGGAUCCAUGCUGGGCGUGGAUUAUAGUGCGCAGAGUGUUGCGCUGGCCAAGAAUAUUGCCCAGAGCAGGAGAGAGGAAGAGGAAGAGGAAGAGGCAUCGACACCAGUCAAUUUCCUCGAAUGGGAUCUCCUCAACGGCCCUCUAUCCCUCACCGCAUCUCCCUCAGACAACGCCAAUACUUGCUCGCCUCUAUCAUACACGCCCUCCCCAUCACGCCGCUUCGACAUCAUCCUCGACAAAGGCACCUUUGACGCCAUCAGCCUCUCCACAACAACCUCAUCAGAGCAGCAGCAGCACCCUUGCGAAAUCUACCGCCGGCGGCUGCUCCAGCUGCUCAGCCACGGCGGCAUCUUCCUCAUCACGAGCUGCAACUGGACCGAGCCGGAGCUGCGGGCGUGGUUCGCCGACGAUGCCGACGGUGAGCUGAGCGUUGUGGGCAGGGUGGACUAUCCGACGUUUACGUUUGGGGGGGUCAAGGGGCAGACGAUUAGUACGCUGUGCUUUAGGAGGAAAUGA